AAACAAUCCAACACCAAUCAAUUGUGAAGCAAUGACGCUCGACAUUGCUAAAUUCCUCUUCCGAGCAGUCAUCAUCGUUUCAGUCAUAUUUUAAUGGUUUUGGAAGGGUUGCAAUCAUUCCAGCCUUCUUCCUCAAAUAAUUUCACCCCUAAAACAAGAAGGUAGCAGGAGCUUGGCUAUAUAAAUUAAAGCAGGAAGCCGAAGUCCAAGGCAUCUAAAUUUCAAAGAAUCGAAGAUGACAGUCAACGUUCGCAUGAGAGAGUCAACGGUGGUGAGGCCAGCAGCGGAGACUCCUCGGCAGUCGUUGUGGCUCUCGAACAUGGACUUGGUGCAGCGCACCACUCACACUCCCCUUGUUUAUUUCUACAAGCCAAGCGACAUCGCUGGUGCAGGCAAGGACAACAAUUUCUUUGACAUGCGUGUGUUAAAGGAUGCGCUCAGCAAGGCCCUCGUGCCCUUUUAUCCUUUGGCCGGCCGCCUACGGCAGAAAAAGGACGAGGGAGAGAAUGGUCGUAUCGAAAUCGAUUGCAAUGCAGAGGGGGCCUUGUUUGCUGUGGCCGAUAGCAGCUCUUGCAUCGAUGACUUUGGCGAUUUUGCGCCCACACCCGAAUUCGGGAGAGGGCUCAUCCCCACCGUUGAAUAUUCUGGUGGAAUAUCUUCUUUUCCUUUGUUGCUGGUUCAGAUCACAUACUUGAAAUGCGGUGGAGUGGCCCUUGGUCUUGGUGUGGACCAUCAUGUAUCAGAUGGGAUAUCUACUUUCCACUUCAUAAAUACAUGGUCUGAUAUGGCUCGUGGUCUUGAGGUUGCAAUUCGGCCAAGCAUGGACAGGACGAUACUUCGUGCCCGAGACCCACCUCGGCCUUUACCCGACCACAUUCACCACAUUGCAUACCCUCCUCGGAAUAAGCAUGAGAGCACUGCAGCAACAACGGUUACAAAUUUCAGAUUUACAAGGGAGCAUAUCAACGUUUUGAAAGCUAUGUCAACCAUGACCAUAGCGGAUGACGAUGAUAUGAACACUUUACCAGUCAAGUUUACCACAUUUGAGGUGUUUGCAGGUCAUGUAUGGAGAUGUGCCUGCAAGGCACGUGAACUAGCUGAUGAUCAAGAAACCAACUUAUACUUUGCUGUAAACGGAAGGAACAGAUUGCAACCCCCACUCCCACCUGGUUACUUUGGUAAUGUGAUUUUCAGAGCCGUAGCAACAGCCUUAGCGGGGGAUCUCAUAUCAAAACCAUUAUCGUAUGCCGCAAGCUGCAUUCAUAAUGCUGUGGUGCGUAUGGACGAUGAUUAUGUUCGAUCGGAACUCGACUAUCUUGAACUUCAGCAGCGUCAUCAGGAUCUGUCAAGCCUUGCUCAUGGGACUCAUGUUAGGUGCCCUAAUCUUGGGAUAACUAGCUGGUUUACGAUGUCCAUCUAUGAUGCUGAUUUUGGGUGGGGGCGUCCAAGUGUCAUGGGACCUGCUGGAAUUCCAAGUGAAGGCAAGGGCUACAUGCAACCUAGUGCAACUGAUGAUGGGAGUUUGUCACUGUCCGUUAGUCUGCAAUCUCAGCAUAUGAUAUCAUUUUCCAAGAAUGUCUUGCUUAACCACUCUCUGAUGUAAAUUCAAUGGUGAAAAUAUUUAGAUUGAGUUGUUUUAUUUUUCUUUGUUAGAUUUACAUCCAAUGGCGAUUGAGCAUGAUUUUCAUGGCUAGUUACUAAUUGGGCGAACACCACUAAAUAUUUUAUACUGUGAGAAUAAUGAGUUGUGAAAGAAGAUAGUUGGAUGGUUAUAGGAGUAGGUAAACAAGUU